UGCAGGGGGAAGGUUCCGGGCGGAGGGGGAGCUUCCGGGAGCAGCGGGGCGAAGUGGGCCGAGCCGGGCCGAGGGGGAGGAGGAGGAGGAUGAAGAAGGAGCAGGUAGUGCACUGUCAGUUCUCCCUUUGGUACCCGCUCUUCCGGGCCGUCACCAUUCGCAGUGUUAUACUUCCCCUACCAGAGAAUGUGAAAGAAUAUUUGCUGGAUGAUGGAACACUUGUGGUUUCUGGAAGAGAAGAUCCGCCAAGCCAUGCUCAGGAGGGGAGUGAUGAUGCAGAGGAAAUACAGUGGUCGGAUGAUGAAAAUACUACAACACUUAAGGCACCAGAAUUUCCUGAGUUCACAGCUAAGGUUCAAGAAGCAAUAAGUUCCUUGGGUGGUAGUGUUUUUCCUAAACUUAACUGGAGUGCUCCAAGGGAUGCCUACUGGAUAGCAAUGAACAGCUCUCUGAAAUGUAAAGCUCUCAGUGACAUCUUCCUCCUCUUCAAGAGUUCAGACUUCAUUACCCGUGACCUCACUCAGCCAUUUAUUCACUGUACUGAUGAUUCCCCUGAUCCUUCCUUGAACUAUGAGCUUGUUCUUCGCAAAUGGUGUGAACUAAUCCCUGGUGCAGAAUUCAGAUGCUUUGUUAAGGAAAACAAGCUUAUAGGUGUAUCGCAGAGGGACUACACUCAAUACUAUGAUCACAUCUCUAAGCAACAUGAGGAGAUCUGUAGAUCAAUACAGGAGUUUUUCAAGAAACACAUACAGUAUAAAUUCUUGGAUGAAGACUUUGUUUUUGAUGUGUACAGAGACAGCAUGGGUAAGGUUUGGUUGAUAGAUUUUAACCCAUUUGGUGAAGUAACAGACUCCCUGCUCUUUACGUGGGAAGAACUGACCUCUGGGAAAAACCUGAAAGGAGUCCAGAGUGAAGGGGAAGCAACAGAACAGGACUAUCCAGUUUUCCGUUGUACGAACAGUAAAGUUACUGUCCAGCCUAGUCCAUACCUGAGCUACCGACUGCCAAAAGAUUUUGUGGACCUUUCUACAGGAGAGGAUGUUCACAAAUUAAUUGACUUUCUUAAACUGAAAAGAAAUCAGCAAGAUGAUGACUGAGGUAUCAAGAAGGAUUACAUUCAAUGACAAGGAAGAAAUGUGGCAAAAGCUAUAUUUAGCAUAACUGUUAAGCUAUUGAUUUAAAGAAAACCUGCUUUUUAUAGUCAAUGACAGAACUGAAGAGCUGUUCAUCCUGUGUGUCUUGUUGGUUUAUAUAAAAGUGUAGAAAAGCUUUUUCAGGGAAACACAAAAGGUCAGGGUGAGUUCUCACUGGGUUCCAGGUUAAAUGCAGUUAUACCAUGGUGCAAGCCAGCAACAAUCCGAGUGCAACUGAAUGACUGCUUUCCCAUCUCCUAAUGUGAAGCUUGAUGCCAUUGGACUCUUCAGUGAUAAAUAUGACAACAUUUAAUGCUUGUGCUGUUAAAACAUCAAGCAUUAGGCACAGUCUUGCUUAAAUGUAGUAUAGUCACGAAGAAAGAAAGGAACGUACUUUUUUUUUUUUCCUGUAGUAACCUUUUGAAAUUGGAAAUUGACUUUGUUUUGGGAGCACUUAUCAUCCUUCCUUUAUGUAAAAAAGAAAAGAAAAAAAGUGGAGAUGUGAUUUUUUUGUUUGGUUUUGGUUUUGUUCUGAGGGCUAAUGCUUCCUUUCAGAGAACUGCUAUAGCUAUAGUAGACUACUUCAGCUUUGAAAGUUUUGCAUUUCAGGUAUUUGACAUUCUGAAUGCAUUUCAAGUAUGGUAAUAUUUUCACAGCAAGCUUUAGCUAUGAAAUUUGUUAAAGUUCACCAAAUUUCAUUUCAUUUUAAUAGUAAAGCUUUCUUGAAACUUGUUUUUUAACUUUAUUUCAUACCAGACGUCAGCUGUGGCUUUAAUAUAAAUAUGUUAACCAUAACAUCAACCUGUAAUUGUAUAUAUAGACUCAGUCUUGUUUCUUUUGUAUCAGAUCUCUGAGUUUCUUAAGAAAAUGAUUACUCUUUCAGCUCUUGAAAUUCUGUAUUCAUUUGGUACUUCAUGUCCCUUGCAUAAAAGGAAGCUUGUCUAAAUUUGUGGAAACAGAAGCUCUUGUUACCAAUUGCUGUUAUUGCAGGGGAAGGGACAAUUUCAGACAAAGAACCAACUAACUUGGACAUAGGUGUUUGCAUGGCAUCAGUAAUUUGUGAACAGUUCCUGCUGAAAUGAGAGGACAUUUGGAGGUGCUCACAGUCCCGGGGAAUUGGUUCCUGUUUCAAACCAGUUAUGUGCUACUUUGUGCGUGUAUAUAAAGCUGUUCAUGUUUCUUUG